UGAAACUAAAGCCUGAUAAUAUUAAAUCUAUGAAUGAGUGGAAAAGUUUUGUUAAGGAAAAAAAUAGUGCUGAGUUUAAGGCUACAAGCGAGAAAUUCAAAAAAAUACGGACAAAGCAACUACCCCACACUUGUAGUCGCAAAGGUUAUGCAAGAUUGAUUGAUGAAUUGAUGAACCAUAGUGAAACCAAAACACCACCUUCUAGAGUUGAUGUUUGGACCAAAGCACAUAAGAAGAAAAAUGGCGAACCAGUAAAUUCAGAAGUGGCUGAAGCUUUUGUAUACACCUUGCCCUUUCAAAAUCAUGUGACUUUAGUUUUAACUUACUCAUUUGUUUGAAUACAUUUAUUGAUACUAUUUAUUUUUGAAGGAUUUGG